AUGUCUCCGCCGAAGAAGCGGCGGCAGGAGGUCCAGGGGGGCAAGGACGACCCUGAGUCGGACGGGGCGAGCGAGGAGGCCGGCGAGUUCCAGCAGGCCGACCAGGAGACGCUGGAGGGGCGGAAGAUCAUCAGCGCGCGCCGGAGAGGCGGUGCGAAGGCGCAGGGGAACGGGGCGGCCGCCGGGGAGAAGGGGGCGGACGACGGGGAGAAAAAGGAGGGCGAUGGAGCCGGCGAGAAGCCUGCUAGCAACCCGUUCGGGGGGGUGUCGCUCGCGCCGCCUGCGGACAAGGAUGCGGAUGGUGGCAAGAACCCGUUCGCGGGCAUCAAGCUUGGGGCGCCGGCGGCGGGCGGAUUCGGCGGGUUCGGGGGGGGCUUCGCCGCUGUCGCCAAGGCGGGGGCGGCAAACGACGGGAAAGCGGAGAAGGGCGACGGCGAGGACGCAGGCAAGGCGCCGACAUUUGGCUCGUUCGGCGGCGGCGCGACGGGCUUCGCCGCGCUGGGCAAGGGCGCGCAGUUCGGCAGCGGCGGCUUCGGCGGCUUCGGGUCCGACGCCGCCAAAGCCCCCCUGACCUUUGGCAACUCUGCGUUCAGCGCCGUCGACGUCAAGCCCGUGGUCUUCGCGGACGCGGACAAAGAGUCGCCAAAGCCGAAGGAGGUGUCGAAAGUUGAGGUGGCGACGGGGGAGGAGGACGAGACGGUGUCGUUCCGGAGCAAGGGCAAGCUGUUCGAGUACGGCGCCGACAAGGGCUGGCACGAGCGCGGGGCGGGGGAGGCGAAGGUCAACGUGACUGCCGACGGUCGCGGGCGGCUGGUGAUGCGUGCCGACGGGCACGGGCGGCUGGUGCUGAACGCGCGGCUGUGGAAGGGCAUGGUCUUCAGUGCCAUGGACGGCGGCAAGGGCGUGACGUUCUCGUGCAUGAACGCCGCUGCAGUGAAGACGCAGGAGAAGGCGCCCGAGGGCAAGGAUGGAGAGGCAGGAGAGGGGCUGAGGACUUACGCGCUGCGCCUCCCGAACACCGCAGCGCGGGACGAGUUCAUCGCGUGCGCGGAGAAGCUGGCGAACGAGCAGGGCGAGCCCGGCAGCAAGCCCGCGGAGGCGAGCCCCGAGGAUGACAGCAAGCGUCCGGAGCCCGCGGAAGCUGAGGCUCCGAAAGGAGAGGAGAACGUGUAG